AUGUCGACGCGCAACCGCAGAUUAGUGACAUACGGCAAAGCUUCGAGAUCGAUCGCAAAGGGCACACCGGGCAGUAUCUCUUCAAAGCAUGUGCCUCUCGGUGCUGUUGAACCCACAGCUAGGCCUGUGACCUUUGCGCAGAGAUAUGGUAGUUCGGUGACUUUGCCAGAGGAGACUUCCAGUACAGAAACCAACGGUGUGUCUAGGGACGCGCGAGAGGUAACCGCUCUCCGCGACACGCAUGUCGAGCGCCCUGCUGUUUCUAGCGACGAUGAACAGCCUGCGAAUGAGAAUCCAAACAAACGCAGGAAACCCAUAUCAAACGGUCCCAGUCAACGAACACGUCAUGCCGGCACGAAGAGCAUUAGUGGUCAUUCUCCCGUAUCAGCAAUAGAGCAUGGAAGCGGUGACAUUCGUGAUGUAUCCAGCUCACAUGGUCCUUCAUCAAAUGUCGGCGCGCCACAAGGUGACAAACUGGAGAAUGGAAACAAUAUGUUUUCUGGAAGACGAGACAUUUCCCGGAAACGCUCAAACUCCUCUCGAUCAUCGGUUGCCCCUACCAGUCUGGGAAAUGUUCAAAGCCCAGGGACUGGAAAGCUUGCGGGUGACUCUUCGUCUUCUGACGCCCACUCGGUUCCUAGGACGCGUCAGGUCCUGGCUUAUUCAAGAAAAAAUCGAUCGAUCGCCAGGUCCUCGGCACAACCUCUCACCGGUAAGACCCCGGAAAAGUAUACUCAAUCAAAUCCUGCGAGUUCAGAGAAUAUAUCAUCAAAUGACGGUGAGCAAGUUAAACCGAAUUCACCCAGGGUAGAUACGCCGGGCAGAAAGAGGCUUGUGGAUUCCUUGAGCGCUCAAGGAAGACCGGAAAGAUCCCCUCCGCAGCCCUCUGAUAUUGGUGGUGACUCGAAAGCGAUGUCCUCUAACGACCCUUUCACGACUCCGGCCCCUACUGGACAAUCGAUCCGUUUGGCCGCUUCUCAAUCUAGUGGAUCUAAAGUUACAUACGCACGCCAGAGAUCCUUUCUAAGUGAACUAGGCUCUUCUGAUGAUGCUGGGCCUCGAGACCUAUCAGAACUCCUAUCCUCAUCGCGCAUGCAACUGCAACCUCAAGUCAGCUCUGCAACUACGAUUUCCUCGCUUAUAGACGACGAGGAAAGUAAUCGUGCCAGCUCAGUUCGCAGUAUUCACGAGCUGAGACGGGCAGGUCGUACUGCUCAUUUUCAAGCGACCGUCAAUUCCAUGUUGGAAGACAUAGAAGAUGCUUCUCUGUCAAUGUCUAGCCGGCGAAGCGCCCUUCUACAACUCUGCAGAAAACUCAGUGAUCAUCAAUUUGCCCUACAGUUUCUUGAGCAUGGAUUCGACAGACGGCUCGCUAGUUGUAUCUCCGAUCAACUCGAUGUCACCUGCUCAUAUCUGGCGCUCUGUGCUUAUGCACUAAUCCUCUCGAACGGCCCACCAUCCCCUGAUGUCUUGCUGUCAUUCUGGCCCCAGGUCUUGCAGUUGUCCCCAGCUCUUCUUGAAUUAGAGGAUGAUGUCCUCGUGAUGUCUAAGCAGAAGCGCUACAAUCUGCCUAAAGAUGGACAAAAGGGCUUUCGCGACCUAGUUUCGCACUUUCGAACUGUGUUCCCUGCCGAUCAACUGCAUUAUUGGCUUUCUCCGCAAAUACUGGGUCUUCGAUGUAUCUGGCUGACCCUGCGCGGAUGCCGCGAUCAAAUUGAUGCCCUGAAGAGAAUCCCAGGAGCUUUAAUGGAAAGAAUAGUCGAGAUCCUGGUACGAAAUUCCGUCCAUCUAGGAGACAGUCUAAGCCCAGAAAGUCUAUCGAUUCUGGAAUAUACUUUGUCUAUCCUAGAAGCGCACACAACUCUACCGGACAUACUCGAAGACGGUGGAGAAAAUCCGAUAAAAGCGGUUGCUUCCCUUGGGACUCUACUUCAUUCUCUUGAGGAGCCGCAUGAUCAUCGUUUGAAGGAAAUUCAAGUCCUUUACAUACGGCUGGUACUGAAUAUUACGAACAACAAUACGUCACUCUGCGAGGACUUCUCUACCCCCGAACUGGUGAGGAGUCUAGUCGAAAUAGUCUUGAAAGAUUUUGAACGAGUCUCAGAAAUGGUCAGUGCGGAGAAGAAAGAAUCUAUUGACGCCGUGAUAUUGGCUCUUGGGACUUUGAUCAACUUGACAGAGGAGACUGCAACACCCAGGAAGCUUAUUCUUGAAGAGAUGACGCAGUCUGGGUCUUUACUUGAUCGUCUCUUAUCUUUGUUUUCGAGUGGGUUUGAGGCUGUUUCAGAGGCCGAUUCUUUUGUGCAGACACAUUCUAAUGUUGCAUUUGGUUAUCUAUCAAUUCUUCUGUGUACGCUGUCUUUGGAUGAAAGUGUCCGUGCACGUCUGAGACAUUCUCUCUGUGGCAAUGGCCUCUCACGUGUUUUGGCGACAGCAGAGGAAUUCCUUCAAUACCAUAGGAAGGUUGAAGAUGAACUACGCAGCUUGGGCGGUGAGCAGGAUCAAGUGGCUGGUUUUACAUCUAGAUUACAGGGCCUUGUGGAAAGAAUUCGACGGUAUGAAAAAUGCUCGAUUUGA